AUGGGGGAGAAGACAGGAGUGCGGGCAAGGGAGAAAAAGACAGGAAGGCGAGGAGAGAAGGGAGGAGAGAAGAGAGGAGAGAAGAGAGGAGCGCAGAGAGGAGGGAAGAGAGGAGAGAAGAGAGGAGAGAGGAGAGAAGACGAGGGAGGAGAGAGGGGAAGAGAGGAGAAGGAGAGAAGAGGAGAGCAGAGAAGAGAGAAGAGGAGAAGAAGAGAAGAGAGAAGAGAAGAGAGAAGAGAGAAGAGGAAGAGAAGAAAGAGGAGAAGAGAAGAGAAGAGAGAAGAGAAGAGAGAAGAGAAGAGUAAGAGAGAGGAGAAGAGAGAAGAGAAGACAGAAGAGAAGAGACAAGAGAACAGAAGAGAGAAGAGAAGAGAGGAAGAAGAGCAGACAAGAGAAGAGAAGAGAAGAGAAGAGAGAAGAAAGAAGAGAAGACAGAGAGAAGAGACAAGAGAAAAGAAGAGAAGAGAAGAUAGAGAGAAGAGAGAAGAGAAGAAAGAAGAGAGAGAAGGCGAUUAUGCGUGGUUUGCACUCUGGAUCAGCAAACGAUUUAUUGCUGAAAACUGCCUUACGGAGGAUUCCGGAGAUAUCCGAUGUAUCACGAUUGUCAGCGACAAUGGACAGAAAUGGAGUAAAUUAAGCUCCGAAAUGGACGUCACAAAGGAAUUGAUGCAAACUAAACGAUCUAGCGUAGGAACUCGGCGUGAGUACAAACGAAUGCAGAUUGACCGACUGCUGACUGAUCUACAGCCAAAUGUCUUGACAGUAAUUGAGGAGGAACCCUGUACGCCCAAGCCAUCAUCAUCAUUAUCAUCAUCAUCAUCAUCAUCAUCAUCAUCAUCAUCAUCAUCAUCAUCAUCAUCAUCAUCAUCAUCAUCAUCAUCAUCAACAACAGUAGGAGCAUUAUCCAGCCGCAUCGAAAUAUAG